AUAUAAAAAUAUGCAUACAAAUAAAUAUAUACUGUAGUGAUAAAUCCAAGAUGUUCAGAUCAUUGACUUUUCUAGUCAUCAGAACUUAUGGCUCCAAGCUGCCGGACAGGUGUGCUGGUCACACCCUUACAACAGGUGUGUACGUCCAGUUCUGCAGCUUUGAGCAGCGGCCCUACACUUGUAGAACCCUAACACCCAAUUUGACCGUACCUCCUUUUUUUCACUGUUACACCUUUUAUUUUAUUUUAUUUUCAAUUACAGUUUAUAUUUAAUGUUAUUCUGUAUUAGUUCCAGGUGUACAGUAUAGUGGUUAGACAGUCAUGUACUUUACAAAGUGAUUCCCCCAAUAUUUCUAGUACCCACCCAGCACCAUACAUAGUUAUUACCAUAUUAUUGACUGUAUUCCCUAUGCUGUACUUUACAUCCCUGUGACUAUUUUGUAAUUGCCAAUUUGUACUUAUUCCCUUCAGCUUUUUUCAUCCCCCUCCCUUUUGGCAACUGUCAGUUUGUUCUCUGUAUCUAUGAGUCUGUUUCUAUUUUGUUUGUUAGUUUAUUUUGUUCUUUAGAUUCCACAUGUAAGUGAAAUCAUUUGGUAUUUGUCUUUCUCUGUCUGACUUAUUUCACUUAGCAUAAUGUCCUCUAGGUCCAUCCACGCUGUCACAAAAGGUAAGAUUUCAUUCCUUUUUAUGGCCAAGUAAUAAUCCAUUGUGUAUAUGUACCACAGCUUUUUUUCUCCUGUGGUACUCAUCUAUCAAUGAACAUAUGGGUUGCUUCCGUGUCUCGACUAUUGUACAUAAUGCUGUCAGUUUGCAUUAACUCUACCUUACAAAUUUCAGUGGACGAUGUCUGAGCAUCGGUAUGAGGAGGAAUAGGUAGGAAGCAAAGGCUAAAAACUCUAGUUUUUAAUUCUCUUCUAUUUAUUUGUUGGUUUAUUCAACAAAUAUUUAGUCACUGCUUGCUGUGUACUCAGCAGGUCUGGUAUUCUUAGUGAACCGACAGUCUAGUGGCAAGACAACUGGUAUGAAAAAUGUACAGAGACAAGCAAGUUGGGUCUCUGGAAAACAAUACCUGUCCUCAACACAUAUUAUGCUGGGUAGUGGGGUCUGAAGCUAGGUGGAAUCCCAGCUCUUUCACUCACCACUUUACAACCUCUCUGACUGUAAAAUGUAGUAUAACAGUAUCAACCUCAAUAGGCACCUGUGGUGAUUAAAUGAGAUAACUUAUGUGGAAGCGACCAGCACUGUGGCUGUCACAAAACACUUAAUUAUAGGUCCAAUUUUGCUCCUCAAGGAGCAAAGCACAGUUACAGUGUGCAGGGUUCUCAUAACAUUGAGCGGCAUCAUGAAGGUACUAGAUAGAACACAGAAUAUUACCUUCAUCUUCCAUAAACAUACUGCUGUCGGUUUGAAUCCGGAGUCAUAAAUCCUACUCUAGUUGUUGCUCUUUAAUCAUGUAAUGGAUCCAGAGAGAAGCAGCAGGCACAGGUAGCGUGACAGGGCACUUGUCACCUGAGGACGAGAUGAAGGUUGGGACUCUUCAGGACAAAGCGUAGAGGCCCAAACAGGUACGUGACAAGUAAUUCAACGUAAUUUGAUAGAUACAGAGGUGACGCUGGGUGCUUUCCUGGGUGGUUAGGGUAAAAAGAAUAAAUGGGUAUUAAAAAGAUAAGAGAAGCCCAGGAAGACAGAAAUGCCCUGAUAGUGGCAUGAAGAACUGGCCAGUUAAAUUGGAACUGGCCCCUUGAAGUGGACAGCUAGUCUUUAUUUUUAUUUUUUAGUAGUUUAUUGAUUUUUGAGAGAGAGGAAGGGAGAGAAGCAUCAGUGUAAAAGAGAAACAUUGGUUGGUUUCCUCCCCUAUGUACUCUGACUGGGGGUCGUGCCUGGAUCGAACUUGCGUGCCUCCAAGGUAUGUGCCCUGACCGGGAAUCGAAUCCCUAGUCUUUUUAUGGACUGGACAACGCUCUGACCAACUGAGCCACCUGGCCAGCAUGAGAGCUGGACUUUCUACAGUACCUUUUGUAGAAUGAUUAAUUGGUAAGACAGCACUUGCUGUGAUCUGAACUAGCAUGGGAACUACACAUCCUUAGUGCUACUUUGACAGCUUAUUUUUUCCCUUCUGUUCUGAUUGUGUGUUUUGUGAGCAUAAAUGGCCAGGAAGGUUACGAUUCUCAAUUCAAAACAGAGAGAAAAGACUGUCUUUUAUUCUAGAUUGGGCAAUCUCAGCCACAGCCAUUCAAAGAGUUAAAUGGGCUGUUUAUCUAGUUUGGCUUUCAGGCAGGGGCCAUUAUUUUGCUACUGCUCUUUGAGUUCUAGAGAUUUGUUGUGCUGUUGCUUGCUUUAGUGUAUCACUUUCCUUAUCUGAGCUUCCCUCCCCUCAGACUUCCUUCUAUGGUUUAACUUUACUACUCUCAAAGGAACACAUUUUUCCGUACACCUGCUUGCUUUUUCUAAUCCCUGCUCUUUCCUGAAGCUUGGCUGUCAGCUGAACCAAAGAGCAGCUUUGAUGUCAGCAGAAAGGCUCUCAAAAAACAAUCUUGUUAAAAGAUCAACAGGGAGAGGAGCCAGGCCCUGGACGGAAAAGCUGCUGGGGCAGCCAUUGACCAGGGGUUUUGCUUUUUUUCCUCUACUCCUCCCUGGUGGAGAACUCACAAUCGGUGUCCUAAAGAUUUCCCUAGAUGAUGAGCCCUAAGACAUCUGUAGCUGGAAGUAUCAGCUUUCUGCAGCAGAGAAACAAAGGGGCAAUACUUUCCUGAGUUUUUCUUGGGACUUUAACAUUUUGAAAAGGUCCUUGCAUGGACAGACUGAUCCAGCUUCCAUUGUGGUAUUAACCCAAUGUUUAAGCUCUGACUGGGGAUCCAAUUUUCACACUAUGCACCCCAUUUGUGCUUUUCUGUGUGUGUUUGGCUGCUGAGCAAUAUGAAACAAAAAGGUGUUUGGAUUCCUGUGUGAGAUGAAAACUUUAUGCUGCUUUGAUCUCUCAUAAUUCAAGCAACAGUCCACGUUUACAGGAUUUGGUGUAAUUGAACAAUUUGUUCUAGGGUUCACUGAUGACUAAACCAGGAAAACUAGCAUAAGGGUGGGGGAUUUGGAGAAUAUUUGGCAAGAGGUCCUUGAAACCAAGAGCAGAGGAUUGAUAGUGAUCAGGAUGCUUAGCUGCCUAGAAGUAAGAAUAAGGUGAAAUGGGUGGGUCGGUACAGGAAGAUCAGCUGUGAAAGAACAGUAUGUGUACAGAAGCCUAGGAAGUAAUGAAAGUGGAGGGAAAAAUGUGAGUGAGGAGACAAAAAAGAAGGGUGAAAACAUCAAAAACAGGGUACAUCAAAAAUUGAUACCCUUCGCAAGAGAAGCGGAAACUAUUUUGAGAAAUAUUUGAUAUUUUUCUGUCAAGGAAAUGAAAGCUGUAAUUCAUGUUUUAUGGCUUCAGAGACUUGUUUACUUUCAAAAUUUAUCAAUUGUUUUUGAAUGAUCAAUCUCCUUUUUAAUUGACAAAGUAAUUUUAAGCUUGUAUCAAUCUCAUUGCUUAUAAAUGGGGUUAAUAAUACCAGAGGCAGUGAAAUAGAAAAUUAGGAGGACAUGGGCUUUAGAAUUGAAGUGUAAUUUCCCAUCCCAGUUCAACAAAUCCAGUCUUCCAAGUUCAAUGUCAUCUCUGUGAAUGAGAAAGACAUCUAUACGCUGCAGUGUUGUGAGGAUUAGCAAUAAAAACUGCAGAUAGUAUGAGCUCCACACAAAGCAUCUGCUGUUAUUUUUUGUUAUUGUUAUUAUUUCACCAGAAGACAGGGAGUUUGAUGUUUUAAGAUCCUUUUCAGUUUUACGAGAUUUCUCAGUGAUUUAAAUCUCAUGUAGGAUUAAUGAGUCUUUUGAUCAAACAUUUUAGAUCAGAAUAUGUCUUCAGGAUAAUCUCAUCUUUGUCCAUAUUUUAAAACUGUUCAUAACAAACCAUCCCAAAGCUUAAAAGACUCCUGUCCAAAGGCUCACAAUUUUUGGGGACAGCCAUUUGGGUUGGGCUCAGCUGGGUGGUUCUCCUGCUCUCACCCGUGAUCAUUCACUUGGCUCCAGGUCUGAGGGCUUGACUGCAUCUGGUCUGAGAUGGCUUCACUAGCCUGUCUGGCAGUUGGUGACAUGUUCUACUGGGCCUUUCUCUGAACGUGAUCUCGCGUUCCAGGGAGCCAGCCUUAGCUUUUUAAUAUAGCAGUAUUAAGGAAGGAGAGAGGAGAAGCUGCAAGGCCUCAAGUUUCACUUUGUUGUUUUCAACUGGCCUAAGCAAGUACAAGGCCAGCCCAGAUUCGAGGGGCAGGAAAAGUGACAAAGUCACACUGAAAAAGAGUGUGCCUCAGAGAUGAGAGGAAUUCUGGAGGUCCACUUUUGUAAACAGUGUUCUACCUCAUCUAAUCCUCUUUAACAAACAGAAAAAAUAAAGCCAAGAAAGCUGUAUUUUGGCCAAGAUCAUCCAGCGAGCCCCUGGCCCUCAUCUACUGCUCUACCACCUGAUGGCAAUGCAAGAAUGGGCUGGGAUGUGAUCACAGAAAGCAGAAAAAUGGGGCCAGAAAAUGGGGAUAAAUGGACAACUAUCAUUCGCUGAACACAUUUUAAAUGGGUAGCACAUGAUUGAUUAGCGAUGGAAAUAAAGAUGAGGACAAACACCUACUCAGAAUAAAGCAAACUCCAGAAGACAAAGAGGGAUAUCAGAUGGCUUCAGGGAGUGACUGGUGAAUGGUUUGAAGAAAUUCAAAGAAAAAAGUUUUGCAAUGAAACAGAUGUUAGCCAAAUGUUAAAACAACCCCUUACAUACAGGCUAAGGAAGGGGAUGGCAGAAAAUGAUCCUAUGGAAUUCCAAACAUCAAGAUCUAAAAAUACACCUACUCAAAGAAACCCAACACCGGUUUCUUCUCGGCUGAGCUUCAGAUCAUCAUUCGCUUCCCUGUUCUCCUUCGGAAAACCCAGAAAGGAGACUUUAAAGCCUCAGUGGCUGGGACCGAAAGGAUGCAACAGGCACGCAGGACCUGCUGUGUCUGUGAGGGGAACUGCUGUGCAGGCAAAAUUAUACAAUUCACCCCUGGAAAAUCAACCAGUGUCGACUGCAUUUGUCCCCAAGCCAGCAGGCAUGAGGGAGGGAAGCGGUGUGCCUCCGUGGGAUGCUUCCAUGCUGGAGAGCGAGUUUUUCCGGGUUUUAGAUGAUUUGGACAGCACACUGGAUCAGGAGCAGUCCCCAGGCUCAGUGGAUGCAAGAUCACCUCUCAACCAUGGACCAAGAACACAGUUCAGCCCUUUUCACUCCAGUGGGAACAGAUAUGGUAACACCACAGGAAGGCACAAAAAUCACUAUAAUGAAACUUCUAAUAUGUCUAUCUAUGACAUCCUAAGACCAGGAACCCCUAGAGAAGGUUUUAAAACCUUUUCUUCUAGAAUAAGAACAAUUUAUGAUAUGUAUAGGACAAGGGAGCCCAGAGUCUUAAAAGAAGAUUAUGUGCAAAAGAAUACUUUUGGUAGUAGCUCUCUGUGUUUUGACAGCAGGCGAAUAGCCUCACCAGCUACAGGGCACUUCACAGCAAGAAGCAUACAUUUUCCAGCCACAACUCAGAACAAGAACGGAUUUAUACCACCAAGCCACCAGCAGAGCCCUAAGAGAACUCCUUUAUCAUCCAUCAUAUGGAAUAGAUCAGAUCCUUCUGGAAAUAGGCCAACCCAGGAAGAGUUCCUGAGGGCUCCGUCACCAAUGGAAGUUGACCCUGCUGACCAGGUGUAUCCCAGGUGUUUUCAGGAGAAUAGGACCUAUGGAUUUUAUCAUUCACAGAGUACUUACCAGAGUGUCAGUUUAAAUUCUCCCAUGGACAGUGCAAUGAGUCCUGACCCAUUUGAAAACUCAGAGAAUAUGCCAUUCUACCAUCAAGACAAUCCAUUUGCUAGGUCUUUCUUUAGCAAUACCUUUGGACGAAGCAGGGAACAGAGAUUUGGACGUAGUUCUUUCUGGGGCCAACAUGGAGAACAUUCUUCCUGGUCUGGCUUUCAUCAAAGCAGGAAACUAUUUACUUCUUCUGACAGAGACUUUGAAAUGAUUUCCACUGAACCAGAUAGUGCAUCACAUAGUCAUGGCCAUAAUGUUUCUUCUCAACACUGGGGAUCGUUUCCCCCUAAUUACAAGACUACUAUCCCCAGAGACCAAGAAGCGCCACAUCACUUGCAAUUGGAUUCUCAGACAUCCACAGUGGAGAACAUGGAGGUGUCACAGGGUAAUGAGAACCCGAUGACUCAUUUUGGCACCCCAAAUAUUUGUUCCAGGAUUGGUUCAAGCUACCACAUCAAAUCUGGUGGGUUAGAAUGCCAACAGGACAGUUCUCUUAAAGAAGUACCAGUAAACCAAGAACCUUACUCAUUUGGAACUGCUCAGACUCUAGCAUCCUCAUUUAAAACUUCCUUCCCUCAGAUUCCGAAUGACAAAAGGAAUCAUCAGUGUCCAAACUUUCAGAAUCCCACAGUCACUUUACAGAGAAUGAAGCCUGUCUCUCUUCCAAUAAGAAGCUACACAGAAGCCACUGUGACCAACAGCAAUUCAGUCGAUUCUCCACCUCUUACUCAAAGCCAACCCAGUAUCUUGCUCACAGAAGUGAAUAACGAGAAAGACUUGAGUGAAUCUAUUUUAGAAAAAGACAAGCAACUAAAUAAGAUGGACCAGACAAACACGACAAAUGAAAUGCCCCAACCUGUUUCAGAGAAAAUAAUCUCUAACCCUUUAGCUGAUUUUCAAAGUCCCCUCUCCCAAGACUCAGGCAAAACCAACAGAUUUGUUUUUAAUGCAUCUAGCACCAUAAUUUCAAAAAGGGCUCCCAAAGUCAUUUCCAGGAAAGAUAGCUCCAAAAUUCAUAUAUCACAAAGAGAUAAAGCCAAUGAACUAAAAAAAGAUAAGGGUUAUACUGAAAAACAAAAAUCUGGUCCAGCAACUUCUUUUCCUUUUAUUCAGGAAAGCAGAACAUCAUCAUCUUUUCCCAGCCCAAAUCAAAGUUGUAACCAGGAACUAAUAAUAAGUACUGAAGACAGGUCAAGCAUUAUUGAAAAUAACCUCUAGAGCUCUGAACCUACUGGUAAUCAAAAUGCACAAUCUCCAGAAAAGCCUGCUAAUUUAGAUACCAAGGAAGAACAGUGUACCAAAACUCAUUCUACCAAGUAUAACAAGUCAACUGCUGGCCACAGUAUCCCAUGUGAUUCUGUAGGUCUGUCAUCAGGUACACUACCAGAUUCUUCACCAUCGAAAGAUUUCUUCCUUGGUGCCCUGGUGGUUCCUUCUACUCCAGUAUUCUCGAGAGAAAGCCUUUCAGGCCAAGAUCCAUCUCUGGGAGAAAGAGAAAAGGAAGACAAUAAUAGCCAGUAUCAAAAUAAUCAGUUUACCUUGAGCCCCUUGAGAACUGAAAAGAGUGGUGAUAGUUGUGUAUGUAUAAAUAAUGAAGUGGUUGAUGUCAAAUGCCACUUACAUCCUCCUCUCAGGGCUGGAAAGGGAAAAGCAAAAAUAAGACGACGUACAUCCUGUAUUGAAAAGUUGAGCAAAACGGGAUGUAAAUCAACACCCACAAGUGGCAGCAGUAGCCUCAAUGAGGUAGAUCAAAGUGAUUCCAAGGCUCCUGAGCCUCACACAAUUUAUUGUACCUUACCAAGAAAAUCAUCCAGUUUUCUCACUAAUAGCAGAAAGUCAGAAAGUAAGAUAACAGCUCCUUCAUUUAGAAGCGUGCCACUUCCAUUCCAACUUGAAAAUAAUUUGGAAGAUCCAAUAGGGAAAGACACAUCAAAUAAAUUUAAUUCCAGUUCUGUGUCAGAAAGCAGAUGUUCCAAAGUAGUUUCAGACUCAGCCUCAGGAGCACCUGAAGCAGCAGAGAAUAUGACAAACCUUGGAUCUGCUUCCAUUAGAAAAGGACCCUUCCCACUCUUCACCAAAAGGGCUGUGUCAUGGCCUUCAGAGGUGCCACAUGCCUCAUUUGGAAAAGAUGAAAGAGAAGAAUGCUUGGUCUCAGACAUGGAUGCUUCUGCUAUAACACUGAGACCUUGGGAGAAAACCAUUCACCCUCUGGACAGUGACUCACCUGUUAGGGAUUGUUCUUUAACCACAAGAUACCACCAAAAGGAGCCCUUUCAGGAAAGCACUGAAAACGAUGGUAAAAACACUGCCUCCAAGACAUUCUCCCUCUCAAAUGAAGACCCUUCACCUGAUUCUUCAGAUAUGUCCUGGGAAAAAGGUGAGAAAACAUUACAUAAAUUUAAGACUACUAGUAUGUUUUCUGUUUUUGGUGAUGAAGAUAAUGUAAAGUGUCUUGAGGUAGUUUCAGUAUAUUAUACUCUACCAAGGAAACACAGCAAAAAAUUAUGUAAUCUCCUCCAAGAGCAUACUCAAAAUACCGACCCACUUCCAGAAUCAACUAAAGUGGGGGCUGUAACAUUUUCCAAUGCUUCAGAAAAAGAGAAACUAAAUGAUUCCGCUCAGGAAAACAACAGUUACCAUUCUCCCAACGCUGAAAAGGUGACUGAUCUACAGUUAUCAAGUACUAGCCCCUUGGAACCUACGCUGCAGGAAAGGGCUUCUAUUGGGGUAGAUGUUUCUCUUCAUAAAGGAGAAUCUAAAACUAGAGAGAUUUCCCCAGAUAACUUAGCUGAAACACCUCUUGGUGUUUCACAAAACAGGAAGAAGAGAGGGAAACAGUUGCAAAGUAAAACACUGCAUGCUUCAUUAAUUCUUCAGGAAAGAAAAGUCACAGAAGAAAAAUCUGAAAAUUGUCAGUGCUCCAUUAAAUCACCUGACAGUGGUCCUAAUCCUCCAGCCCAUGCAGAAGGGAUUGCUGAAAAUCACCAAACCAGAAGGUGUUCCAGGGGGUGCACAGGCAGUGGUAUAGCCACCAUAGCUAUUGGAAGUGCAAAGUGUUUUCAGAAAGAUAUCACAGACACAGCUGAAGAUGGUAGCUCCAGUGGAUUGCAGCCUAGGAGAGUCAGAGGAGCAGAUUUUCAAAAAAAGACUGAUGAUGCACUAUCUGACCCAGAAAGCCAAGUCUUUGCGCUUACUCCAGCUUUGCCUAAACUACAUGUGGAUGAGGAGACUUGUUCAGGUGAACGAGAUUUGGACAGUUUGCAGUCUAAACCCAGAAAACUACCUCAAAGAAGUCAGGAGGUAAAUGUGACAAAGACGGGAAAGACUAAAGAUGAAAUGCAGAGGUUGGCAUGUGAUCAACCCUUACAUUCUGAAGGAAGUAAUAAAAAUAAAACCAGCUUGGAUGACCUAGAAAAAGGGAAAAACAGAUCCUCACCUAAACACAGAUUGGCAGCCAUGUCCAAAGCAAGCAGAAAAUUUCCAGCUAAAGAUUUAAGCCCCAGAAGACAUGUAGCUACUAUUUUCCUCCAAAGUGGGAACAGUUCUGGCUUCAGUGGUUUAUCUGUUGGCACACCAGAGUGCAGCCCACUGUCUUCUGAGCCUACUCCAAAGUCCACAGAAUCCACUGAUGAAAGCAGGUUGAAUAGUGAUGGACUGGAUGUGAAGAAAUCCAAGAACCUUCUCCAGGUUACUGUAAUGUCUGACAGAGAAGCUGCUACACACUUCAGCAGGCAGAAGCCUAACAGCUUUUCACAACCACAUCAGAAUGAGUUUAAAAAUAGCUCAGAAUCACCACCCAAGUGUGAGAAUUCUAAAGAUGUAACAGUAGCUCAGAUUUUGGGAAGAGACUCAAGUACCCUGAGCCAACCCACAUUCACCAGCCUCGGGGAAGCUGACUUCUCUGACCAUCAGAGGAGGCUGAACCCCCAUCUUCCAGUGGAGCCUACAGAGAAAUCUGCAAUAAGCACCCCACUGGCCCAAUGUCAGCAACAACAAAGGAGUGCUGCUUCUCUGGAAUGGGAACCUGAGCCACACCCCUACCGGUCAAAGAGUUUAAAAAGCAUCAACAUGCACGGUGAUCUGCUACGCAAAAGUCAUCCUCCAAAAACCAGGGAGCGCCAUUUUUCUGAAAGCACUUCUCUUGACAAUGCCCUGAACCACCUGACCCUUAGGGAUGAAUUCUCUAACAACAAUGGGUACAAUAGAAAAUUCAAAUCUUCUUCUGAACUUCCCUCUUAUGAUGAAAAUGAAAAUUGGGCUUUGUAUAGCAACAGCAGAAUGGGCCCCAAGUCUGCAACAUCUAUAUCUAGACCUAUUGACUAUGGGAUAUUUGGGAAGGAACAACAGUUAGCUUUCUUGGAGAAUAUAAAGAAGUCACUCACACAGGGAAGGUUAUGGAAGCCAAGUUUUCUGAAGUACCCUGGCUUCCGGAAAGAUGAUGUAAUCCACCCUCCUAAGCCAAUGGAGUCAUCAAGCUCAGAUUCUCCUAGCAAUCAGAUGCCAGAGGAUGGCUUAUCUCCACAUGCACCACUUAAAAUUUAUGAAGAGGAUCCUGCAGACUCAGACUGUGACACAGACACAACCACAGAUGAUGAGUACUACCUGGACGAACAUGACAAGGAGUCGGAACUGUGAGGCCUCUUCAGUAAAAUGCGUAAUCUUUUCUCCAAAAGCUUGUAAUGCAAAUAAAAUGUAAAUGUUUGUGUCCGUGGGAAGGACAGAUAAAAAAAUGUAUCUAUUUCUGAAGUAACCUGAAUUCUUCCCCCCUCCAUAGCCUAUGUAUACACACACACACUUCCUGAGUUCUAGAGCAAUACCUUCUCUUUGGGGGGAUUCUCUGCUAUUUUCUGACUAUAUAUCCUUGGCUUUCCUUUUUCAUACCCAUGUGAGUCUCUAAUUCACUGUUCAAUUUUGGCUUUCUGCUCUAUUUCCCCACAACUUUUUUUUUUACACCUUUCAUGUGAUUUGCAACCCUAAUAUCCCAGAUACAUGUACAAAACUCGUUACUCAGUACAACUGAAAAACUCUGUACUGCUUCCUCUGAUCCACUCCCCAUACUCAUGGCAUUAAAAUACAGGGAUGAUGGCAAUGGAGUAAAUAUUGUCAUCCUGUUUGACUCAUCAGCAUUUAGGAGGUCUAGGGUUUGGUUGAUUUUUUUUUUUCAAACAAAGAUAAAGGAAUUUUCAUAAGGACAUCCUGUUAUAUCCACAGUGGAGCCUGAGAGGCACCUGUCUGAAGUGCUCAUUGAGAUAAUAGAGGAGGAGGAGCAGAAUUCCUCGUAAGCCAAGCCACACUUGUACUCCUAGGAAUUCCUUUGAAAUUGUAUGUAGGAAUUGGCAGAAUUGUUAGGAGCUGAAUUUUAAUCAAGUCAAGGACUGGCACCAGGCAACCUGAGGGCACAGAAGGUGGGUUGGCCACAAAAUUUCUGCCUAGGAAAGAAGCAUAACGGAGGGGUGGAGGUAAAUGGACAUGCCUUUUGUGAGACUGACGUCCUUACAGCAGCUCUCUAGGCAACCGGUUUUUCCCUGAUCUCCACACCACAUUUUUCUACUUUCUUCAUUGCAAGAUAAGACACUUUUUCCCAUGCGUGGCCUUUUGGUCAUAAGUAUCAAAUGGUGGCCUUGGCCAGCUCCCUAGACUGCUGCCAAGUCAGGCCAGACAUGCUGACACUCACAGGCUUCUUUGUGGGAUCAUUUAGCAAACCCCUGGGAAAUUAUGAGGCAGAGCUUCUAAGGGCUUAUCACUGUGAUUCAAGAAUUUGUCUAGACUAAAUAACUUCCCACACACCCUGAGAACUUGACUUCCCUAACUCUUUAGUUGCCAUACAGAAAAACUCGGGAUUUCUCUCUUCCUAGUCAGAGUAAAGAUAAUUCGCUAAAACUACAUAAAGCCUGACAUCCUGGAUCUCAGUGCUGUGAAGGUCAACACGAGUGGAUUUCAUCUUGUGUCGUUUAUAUGUGCUUCCUGGCCUAAUUUAAUUUUCCUUUUUUUCCACCUGUCUGUUUCAUCCAUAUGAAUUAAGGAUAAUGAUAGGUGUUGGUGAAGUGUAUGGAGAUCUGGAACUGAUAAAAUUCAAGAAAGUGCUGUGUUACCUGCUAAAUCAUUGCCUUGUGUAGACUAAUGCUGGGGCAGGUUUACCUUGUUCCCACGCAACUCAAAACUAAUGAAGAUGUGGUCACUAACAUGAAAGCUAGUCCUUAAAUCUGAAAUUGUUCUAAACUUCAGGUUCUGAGCAAUCUUAAAGAGACUGAUAAUAGAAUUCUAAAUUAACUCGUCUAAAUUUUUCAAUUUAAAUUUAUCUGGUAAAAAAAUUAACAUUUUAUUUUUUUGUAUGUUUGUAAAUUCUACCUUUUCCUUCUAUUAUUUAUCUGAUUAUUUAAGUAAAAUUUUUAUAAACCCAUAUUUUCUAUGUGAUUUAAAGAUACUCAGUUAAUAUUGUAAUAAUAACAUUUCUUGACUUUUUAAUGAACAGUUUAUGAAUGCUAGUUCAGUAAAUACCUGGGUGUACAUGUAUACUACAAAAGGUGAAAUGAAAAUAGCUUAUUUUUCACUGAGUUUAGGAGAUAACAACAUUGUAACUAAACAUUCUUAACAUAGGUAAGUUAAGGUAAAGAUAAACUACUUUGGGGCCCUGAUUUUUUGCACUAGAAUCUACUAUAUGUGAAUUCAAAGAUAAUUGAUGGUCAACACUCACACUGUCUGCAAUGUUUGCUUGUUGUCUGUCUUAAGAAUCAAGAAAACAGAAAAUUCAUCAAAAUAGCAUCUUCCAUAGUUUUAUACUUUUAUAAAACACUUCGUUAAAGAAGUAUAGCAAAUUUCUAUGUAUUUUAACAUACAAACUGCUGCUUUUUAAUAUUCAUUUUUUGGUAUAGCUAUAGUAAUUUUUAUACUUAUAACUUUCCUAAAAGAUGUAAUCAUUGUUACAAUAAAUACAUAAAUGGAAUAAACCAGGAUGUAAAUUAUUAACUUGAUUAAAUCAUGGACUUCUGUAACCAUAAGUUUUUACAUGUGAAGUCCAUUUAAGAUAGGACUUAAUGAAAUUAUUUUGACUUUUCCAGACUUUCUUCUAAAUAAUUACUCCCUUACAUUGUAGAUACAUUGAUGUCAAUAAAACUCCAGUUGCUACUAAUAAAGCUUUGGUUGAUGAUAAGCUAAUAAAAGCUACUUUGUGUAAGAGGUAACUUCGUGUGUGUAUUGGAGGUGAUGAAACAAAGUCCACUUAGGUUAUGGUGAAGAUGGAAAUCAAAUUGGAAAAUCCAUGCCUCCAUAAAAGUAAUAUACUCCACUGAAUGCCGGAGGGUUAAAGAGGGCUUAUUGCUGAGAGUUUAUUGUUAGUAAUAGAAAUCAUGCUUCAGAAUAUCCCAUUUAACUAUAUAGUGUAUAUACAUAAGUAGUUUAUUUUCAGAGCAAGUUUGUGAUGUAUUACCACUUCGGGGCUCUUUGUGAAGGGCACCUGGGUUCUGAAACAAACAAGCCCUAACCUCUUUUGUUAAAAUGUUGUCAAAUAAUCCUUUUAUAUAUUUGUUCUUAAACCUGUUAUCUAGACAUGAAAUGUGUUAUAAGACAAAGCGCAAAUUUAAAAUAAUGCCUGUGUUAA